AUGGUUCAGCGAGGGACUCACGCGGUGAAUCAAGGCAAUCUAUUCUCCCACGCAAAGAACCUACUAUACGAUUUGGAGAGCACAAGAAGGAAGACGCCGACACGUCCUCUGAUUUUUGUCGCCCAUUCAUUAGGAGGGAUUCUCGUCAAGGAAGUUCUCAGACGAGCAGAAUCCGAUCCCGACGACAAGAUAAAGAGGGUCUAUUUCUCAACAAUCGGAGUCUUCUUCUUUGGAACUCCACAUAGAGGAAGCAAGGAAUGGGUCAACACUGCGCAGAUCGCGACACGCAUCGUGAAUAACAUUGGACUUACCGCAAACACCAAAUUUUUGCAAGCCCUGUUACCAGACUCGGAGAGUCUAGAGCUUUGCCGGGAGACAUUCGCUAGUCAAUGGAGCAAUAGGAAGGAUACGAUCACCGUCAGAUCAUUCCAGAAAUCCAAAGGGAUCACUGGGUUUGCCUUUGGGGGAAUGAACAAGCUGAUCGUUCCUUCUGAGUCUUCAAGUCUCGAUGAUACAGCCCAACGUGCCCGCAGCUUGGAUAAGAGCCACAUUGACAUGGUGAAAUUUAGCGGUAAAGAUGAUCAAGGGUAUGAGUGGGUGAAAGAAGACAUCGGGGAACUCAUGGAAAAGGCUGUGGACUUUGAAAAAAGGCAGAUCCUUGAGGAUGAAACUCCAAAUGAAGUGAGGGGAAAAUGUCUUCAAGUCUUCCGAACUUCGAAUUAUGAACAGUUGAAGGAUCGAAAUGCUGAAAGGCUAGACAAUACUUGCGAAUGGUUUCUGCGACAUCCGAGCUUCCAAAAGUGGAAGGAAAGCGAGACGUCAAAUAUUCUAUGGGUAUCUGCCGACCCAGGAUGCGGCAAAUCUGUGCUAGCGAAGUAUCUUGUUGACAAGGAAAAAUGUCUGGAGCCGAGUAAAACUCGUGCCGUUUGUUACUUCUUUUUCAAGGAUGACGACGAAAGUCAGAUGAGUAGUGCGACGGCACUGUCGGCCAUCUUGCACCAGCUGUUUUCACAGAGGGUCGACUUGAUCAACCCAUAUGCGAUGAAAGACUACAAAGUGGAGGGGCAAAAGCUUCCCGGGCUUUGUGAAAAGCUUUGGAAUAUCCUGUUGAAAGCGGCUCAGGAUUCGAAAGCUGGAGAGAUCAUCUGCAUUCUCGAUGGUCUUGAUGAAUGCCCAAAGAACGAGCGAUCUCAGAUCCUGAAGGCAUUGAUCACUUUUUAUAAAGAUUUAUGUUUUCAGGACCGGAAAGCACGACUCAAGUUCUUGAUCACAAGUCGCCCUUACCUUGACAUCGAGCGGCAAUUCAUCGAGCUGGAUCAAGAUUUCCCAGAAAUUCGCUUGUCCGGCGAAAACGAGUCAGAAUCUAUCAGUCGCGAGAUUGACAUGGUCAUAAAGGCAAAGCUGCAGAGACUAUCAAAAGCCUUAAGUCUUAGCCCCAAGGAACUGUUCACUCUCGAGGAGGAGCUUUUAGCUGUUCCUCAACGGACGUAUCUUUGGGCAACUCUUGUCUUUGACAUCCUCAAUGCGGAGGUGCAACCCACCCGAAAGAAGUUGAGAGAGAUAGUCGCAUCAAUUCCCCCGACCGUCGACGACGCUUAUGAAAAGAUACUAUCCAGGAUUGAGGAUAGGGGCCAAGCUCGUAAGCUGUUCUCGAUAAUUGUGGCGGCAAGCCGGCCUCUGACUCUCAGUGAGAUGAACGUUGCUCUUACAAUCGAUGACAGUCAUAAAUCCUAUGACGACCUGAAGGAAGAUCUUGAUAAUGAACAAAGGUUCAAGUCGACUGUUCGACUUAUCGGUGGUCUCUUCAUCAGCAUCAUGGAUCAAAGGGUUCUCUUGAUUCACCAAACUGCGAGGCAAUUUCUUCUUGGGAAAAGCAAUGUACUUAACAAUUGGAAGCAUUCGCUUGACCCAGUCGAGGCCGAUCUCAUUGUGGCAAAAGGCUGCAUGACUCUUCUCAUGUUCAAGGAAUUUGAUGAUGGCUUUGAUUGGGACCCAGCCGAUCCUGUGCCCCUUGAUGAGCUUUUCGACUUUGAGUAUCUGGAAUAUGCCUCUAAUUUCUGGAUGUCACAUUUUCGAAAAGCACAAGCCCAGGCCAAUGAGAGACUAUUGGAUUCAGUUCUAACGGCCUGCGACAACAGAUCUCGAAGGUUCAAUGUAUGGUCUCGGUUGUUUAGGCUGGUCCGACCAUCGAGCCCCAUCGGGAGUCUCAUGAACAUCAUGAUGAUAGCAUCCAAUUUCGGGCAUGAGACAGUAGUGAGACAACUGUUGGUGAACGGAGAUGAGAGCAUCAAUCUGAAAGAUGAUGACUUUGGUCGAAGCCCACUUUUUUGGGCUGUAGAGCAAGGACACCGACAAGUGAGGGAGUUGCUGGUAACCACUGGGAAAGCCGAUGUCAAUUCACAAGACAAAGCAGAUCAUACUCCGCUGUGGCUCGCAUGCAACAUGCAUCAAGAAGAAAUAGCACUUUUUUUGCUGGAGAAUUCUGCCGAUCCUAUGUACAGGACAGAUCGAACUCAGUCCGCACUUUUCGAAUCAACUGCACAAGGACUACCAAAUGUCGUCAAUUGCAUUCUACAAUCUUUGUCCGAGAAGCAAGUUCGAGAGUUGGCCAAUCAGCAGGACUCCCAUGGAAAUUCAAUACUAAAUUUGGCUGUUUCAGACCAAGGAUCCCAGUUGAAAAUUGUGAAAAUGAUCCUUCAAGCCUUGGCCCCUUUCCCGGAAGAGAAGCGCAAAUUGUUAUAUCACCAGGGCCAUGACUCCUGCAGUCCUCUGUUCAAUGCGGCUGUCAAAAAUCAACCAGAGUUAUCCAGAUUCUGGCAAAGAUUGACAAAGAGCUUCUCAACCAGACGGGCUGGCUGGACUGGAAAGACACGCCUCUACACGUUGCAACGCAUUGGCAAACAGAGAACAGGACGUACCCCUUUACUCAUCGCAUCCGAAAGAACGGACUCCCCUCGUGGGGUGCAAAUCCUGAAGAUAUUGUUGAAACGUGCAGAUCCAUUGAUCUGUGAAAACGAUGGAAGAAACAUUGUACACCUUGCGCUUGAGUUCAACAGAGCGACUUACUUCAAAAUGAUGCAACAAGCUAUACCGCAUGCCAGCUUCCGCCAGCUUUUGACUUCAAAGAACAAGCAAGGGAACAUACCGAUACUCCACGCGAUAAACAGGCAUCGUACUACAGGUCAAGGCCAUCCCCUACUUUCAGACGCAUUCAAGGCUGUUUGCGAGGCGAUGAUGCAAAUUUUCUCGGAAGAGGAUGGUGAAUUCAUUGUCAACUUGGUGGGGGAAGGUCAUCGCCCAAUGGCUCUCCACCGAUUUAUUGAAACCGACUCUGACGAACUUGUAUCCAAGAUUAUCCCCAAGGUAGCUACAUCGGACCAUUCUUACCUGGAUUCCAAGGACAGCAGCGGCAUUACCCUGUUGAUGAAGGCCACCAACAGAAAGCUACGUGGCACAAUGCAAAUCUUGCUCGAGAGCUGCGUCGACAUCAAUGCGCAAGAUGACGAUGGAAAAACCGCACUUCAUCAUGCUGUGACAUCUGAUAUACCGGACGUGGCAGAGAUUCUUGUCCGAGCAGAUGCUAGCCUACACAUCAAAGACAGCCACGGGCGUAUACCAGUUGACUGGUGCUCUAGCGUGAACACAUGUUUCCCCAUGGUAAAUCCUCAAGACAGACCCAUAACACCGAAGCUUGCAGCAGCGAGCUCGGCCACUCGAUCAAGUCGAUCCGAAGGACAUAUGGUACUUGGUGCACCCAAAGGGGUCUUGCUAUUGGCCACUCCUUGGGGAUCAAACCUGGUAUCCUACAUCUCUGAAACAGGAGAGGUACCUGACUAG